AUGUCAAUUUCAUCAAUAAAUUUUCCAAAAUGGCUGGAAAAACAUAGUGAUAAAUUACGGCCCCCUAUUAAUAAUUUUAUAUUACAGCAUAAUGAUGAUUUUAUUAUUAUGGUUGUUGGAGGUCUAAUACUUGAACUGAUUAUCAUAUUAACCAGACAGAAAUUUUGUAUACAACUUAAAUCUAUUAUUCAAAAAUAUGCUGCUAAUGAAGAGCUAAGAAAAUGUAAAUCUUGUGAACUUAUUAAUCUUGCUAAGUAA